AAUCAAAUGAAUCUUGUUUUGACAAUCCUUUAUAAGUAUAUAAACACAUUUUCUUCAUUGACGCUAAAAAGAAAAAAAACACAAAACUCAUCCAUUUGGCUUCUCUCUUGCAUAUUCGCUGCAAGGAUGGGAAAUUCAAAACCACUCCCUACAAUUUCUUGUAUUAUAGUUUCAGUCUUGUAUUUUUCAUUCUAUUGCAUAACACCAACUUCUUCAUCAGCCUCCAUCCAAGAUCAAUUCAUAAACUGUGUCAAAAGAAACACACAUGUUUCUUUUCCACUCGAGAAAACGUUAUUCACCCCUGCGAAAAACGUCUCUUUGUUCAACCAAGUCCUUGAAUCGACGGCUCAAAAUCUCCAGUUCUUGGCAAAAUCCAUGCCUAAACCGGGAUUCAUAUUCAGACCGAUUCACCAGUCUCAAGUCCAAGCUUCCAUCAUUUGUUCAAAGAAACUCGGAAUUCAUUUUCGUGUUAGAAGUGGCGGUCACGAUUUCGAGGCCUUGUCUUAUGUUUCACGGAUUGAAAAACCGUUUAUAUUACUCGACCUGUCAAAAUUGAAACAAAUCAAUGUUGAUAUUGAAUCCAAUAGUGCUUGGGUUCAACCUGGUGCUACGCUUGGUGAGCUUUACUACAGAAUUGCAGAGAAGAGCAAGAUCCAUGGAUUUCCCGCGGGUUUGUGCACAAGUGUAGGCAUAGGUGGGUAUAUGACAGGCGGUGGAUACGGUACCUUGAUGAGGAAGUAUGGUCUUGCGGGAGAUAAUGUUCUAGACGUAAAGAUGGUUGAUGCAAAUGGUAAAUUACUCGACAGAGCCGCGAUGGGUGAGGACCUAUUUUGGGCGAUUAGAGGAGGCGGUGGAGCGAGUUUCGGGAUAGUUCUAGCAUGGAAGAUCAAGCUUGUUCCUGUUCCUAAGACUGUUACCGUCUUCACUGUCACCAAAACGUUAGAACAAGACGCAAGAUUGAAGACUAUUUCUAAGUGGCAACAAAUUUCAUCCAAGAUUAUUGAAGAGAUACACAUCCGAGUGGUACUCAGAGCAGCUGGAAAUGAUGGAAACAAGACUGUGACAAUGACCUACCUAGGUCAGUUUCUUGGCGAGAAAGGCACCUUGCUGAAGGUUAUGGAGAAGGCUUUUCCAGAACUAGGGUUAACUCAAAAGGAUUGUACUGAAAUGAGCUGGAUUGAAGCCGCCCUUUUCCAUGGUGGAUUUCCAACAGGUUCUCCUAUUGAAAUUUUGCUUCAGCUCAAGUCGCCUCUAGGAAAAGAUUACUUCAAAGCAACGUCGGAUUUCGUUAAAGAACCUAUUCCUGUGAUAGGGCUCAAAGGAAUAUUCAAAAGAUUGAUUGAAGGAAACACAACAUUUCUGAACUGGACUCCUUACGGUGGUAUGAUGUCGAAAAUCCCUGAAUCUGCGAUCCCAUUUCCGCAUAGAAACGGAACCCUCUUCAAGAUUCUCUAUUACGCGAACUGGCUAGAGAAUGACAAGACAUCGAGUAGAAAAAUCAACUGGAUCAAAGAGAUAUACAAUUACAUGGCGCCUUAUGUCUCAAGCAAUCCAAGACAAGCAUAUGUGAACUACAGAGAUCUAGACUUCGGACAGAACAAGAACAACGCAAAGGUUAACUUCAUUGAAGCUAAAAUCUGGGGACCUAAGUACUUCAAAGGCAAUUUUGACAGAUUGGUGAAGAUUAAAACCAAGGUUGAUCCAGAGAACUUCUUCAGGCACGAGCAGAGUAUCCCACCUAUGCCCUACUAGAAGCUAGGUUCAUGAAACCAAUAACAUUAUCAAAAAUAAGAAUAAAUGAUAAUUGUAUACAACAUGAUUCGUCUUUCUUUAUUUCAGACAAUGUGGACACUACUCUAAAUAAAAUGUCAUUUACCUUACAGUUCGAAUUAUUGCUUCUUAUAUACGUCACCAAUUAAUUUUAAAUCCAGUUUUUCUAAAACAACCCUAAUC